CAGAAAGGCCGCUUUAUAAUUCAGAAGAAGAUGUCGUCUAAGUUGAGAAUCUUGGUUCCCGUUAAGAGAGUCAUUGACUUCGCCAUAAAACCAAGGAUUAACAAAGCCCAGACUGGAGUCGAGACCAAAGGGGUCAAGUUCAGCAUCAAUCCAUUCUGUGAUAUUGCCUUAGAAGAGUCUGUUAGAAUCAAAGAAGCAGAUAAAGACAAGGUGGAAAACAUCCAUGUUGUUUCCGUUGGCCCUGCAAAGGCUCAGGAUGUUUUGAGAACUGCUUUGGCCAAAGGUGCCGACAACAGUACUUUGAUUGAUGUAGGAGAUGAAGAGGUUGAGCCUUUAACUGUAGCCAAAUUGUUGCAAAAGGUGGUGGAAAAGGAUAAAUCUAACUUGGUGAUAUUGGGCAAGCAAGCCAUUGACGAUGACGCUAAUCAGACGGGUCAGAUGUUGGCUGGUUUAUUGAACUGGCCACAAGCUACCAAUGCUUCCAAGAUUGAAAUAGAUGGUGAAACCGUAACUGUCACCAGGGAAAUUGAUGGUGGUGCAGACACUUUGCGUGCAAAGUUGCCUUUAGUCAUCACGACUGACUUGCGAUUGAACGAGCCUAGAUACGCAUCCUUACCUAACAUCAUGAAGGCCAAGAAGAAGCCUUUGGAUAAGUUGAAGCCAAGCGACUUGAAUAUUGAUUUAGUCAAGAGAUUGGAAACCUUGAAGGUGGUUGAACCACCUGUCAGAGAAGCCGGUAUCAAGGUUGAAACUGUAGAUGAACUUGUAGCCAAGUUGAAGGACUUGAAUGCUAUCUAGACUCGAAGAAUAAUUAUCAAAUCGAUCUAGGACUUGUUGCCUAAGGUUCACUCCUCGUUCUUCAGAAACAAUGUACAUAUACAAAUUAUUAUAAUUC